CUCUCUCUCACUGCGAGUGUGUGUGUGUUUGCUCUGCUGGGAAUAUUUCAGGAACGCGGUGGAUUAGAUGGAAUCGAUGUGAGGACACUUUCUGACCCUGAGGACACUGUGGGGACAUUUCUGACCCUGAGGACAUCUCUGGAGGGACGGUGGGGACAUCAUGCGCUCUCAGCCUGGAUUAUAAAGGACGGAUCUGCUGAGCGCGUUUCUUCAGCACGGACUUUAAUCGCGCAAAACUGAAGGAGUAAUAAGGGAUGGAGAACAUGGACGUUGGGAAUUCGGUCCUUUUGCUCUCUCUGUAGUGGUAAUAAUCUCAUCCUGAGGACCUGAACUGAUCCAGGAUUUGGCCGUGGUCACUUCUUCCUCCACGCUGUUGCGCGAGGUCUCUCUGUGUUGUGCUGGGGGGCAGCCGGUAUCCACCAUGUCCUCUAAGGCGCCCAUCUACCUAAAGCGCCGGAGCCGCAAGGGCAAGAAGGAGAAGCUGCGAGACCUGCUCUCGUCCGACAUGAUCAGCCCUCCUCUGGGCGACUUCCGCCACACGAUCCACAUCGGGAGCGGCGCCGGCAGCGACGACCUCUUCGGCGACCUGUCCUUCCUCCAGGGCAAGUUUCACCUGCUGCCCGGGCAGCAGCAGGGUCGUCACGAGGCGUUCCAGUGGAACUGCGCCGCCACCGAGACCUCGCCGCUGCUCAAGAACGCCUUGUCGCUUCCUGUGAUCGGCGGGGUGCAGGCGCUCACCCUGCCGACCUCGGCCCCCGUCGCGUCAAAGACUCCCGCCCCGGCCAUGUCGCCGCCCCCGAAACCUCCCAGGCUGCACCUGGAGUCCCAUCACGAAUCGCUUCCGGGCUCCCCGCAGCAACAGGGACACCAGGACAGAAAGGACAGACACGAGGACGUGGAGAACAGGAGGAAUAAAGUAACCGAGGGCGAUACCGAUCCUCCCUACCUGUCUCACGCAGGUUCUCUUCUAUCGCUUCACCUUGACCUGGGGCCGUCCAUUCUCGAGGACGUCCUGGAGAUCAUGGACACCCAGAUGAUGGGAGGGAUCGGUGGAGGGUUUACGAACGGACGACAAGAGGUUUACACCUGAGAGGUGGAGGGAAAUACAUUCCAGCACUUUUACACUGGAUGGAGUGGUGCACGACUCCGUACUGCUACCAUGUUCAUCACCGUGUGAUCUGGACGAUUUUUAGGUACCCGGGCUGAAUUUAGGACCCUGUUUUGACAGCAUGACUAAGCAAACAUCAGAGGAGUUUAUUUUUUCUCUUUAAAUUUUUAUUUUGUUACAAACUUUCUUAAGUACUCGGGUGAUUAUCGGCCAUCCGGGCGUCUAUACAGACAUGACAGGCUGUGUCUGAGGGGGGACAACAGUGUAAGGAUGAACUUAUGCUUUCCAUGAACCAUCUACAUUACAGAGUCUUCCCAAAUGGAUUUAUAUUUACUGGAUGUUAUUAUUAUUAUUAUCAGGGGUGCACCAAAUGCAGAUAAUCUAGUUUCAAUACCAAUAUACUGUAGGUACAAAUAUGGCCAAAAGUAUCUGGACGCCUGACCAUGAGCUUGUCGGACUUCCUAGUUUAAAAACAAAUGCUAUUAAAACAGAGCGACUUCUGUGUGACCUUUUUAGCUAGACUUCUCACAAGACCUGUCUGUUCAUGUCUGUGGGAAUUUGUGCCCAUUCAGUCGAAACAUGCCAGCAUCUAUGUGGCUAAAGUUCCAGUUUAUUCAGUUGAUGUUCCGGUUCAUUCCAAAGCUGUUCAGUGGGGCUGAGGUGCUGCACACUGGAGUUUCUUUAAACCUCAUGCACAGGGGCACAGUCAUGCUGGAACAGGAAAGGGCCUUCCCUAAACUGUUGCUGCCAAGUUGGAAGCAUAGAAUUUCCUUUAUAAACUGAUUUUUAAGAGACUGAUGUGGCUGAAACACAUGAAUUCAAUAAUUAGAAGGGGCGUCCCGAUACUUUUGCUUAUAUAGUGUAUCAAAGCUCAGCAGUUAAGGUACAGAUCUAGUAAUCAGAAGGUUGCUAGUUCAAGCCCCACAUCUGCCAGCUUGCCACUGUUGGGCCCUUUAGCAAGGCCCUCAACCCUCAAUUGCUCGCAAUGUAUACUCUCAGUUGUAAGUUGCUUUGGAUAAAAUGCUGAAAAUGUGAAUGUAUUAUGGGAUUGAGGUUCUGGAUUCGGAUUUCUAGUGUGAAUUUGCAUCACGCUGUCCAGUUUAAACAUUCCAGACUCUUGUACACACUUUUCCCCGUUAGAUUUACGUCCUGAAAUUCCUCCUGUCCUGUCCUCUUUAUAAGGGAGACUUUUCAGUUUUUUUUCCUUUUUAUGUUAAGGAAGUCGAUCUGAGAGAAUAAAAGACGUCAUUUGAACCGUUUCCCCCCUUAAUUUUAUUAUUAAGUGAAGUCCUACAUCUGGAUUUUAUUAUUUUAAAUCUGAUUUACAGCCUGGGUUGCUUCAUUGCUUCAUCGGACAUGUUGUGUGUGUGUGCGGAAGCCUGGAUGAGUUUUAAUGGAGUGAUGAACUGCAGGAAAAAAAGACUCCGGACGCUGAGAAUGACGUCCAGUUCCAGCGAAGGUGCAAAAAUGCGCUCCCCUCCCUGUGAUCUCCCUGUUUAUCACGAGGCGAGCGUGUGUUAGCAGUCCAGCACGUCUGAAUAAGGAAAUGUAUCUCACUGAAAGGCCGAGAAGGAAAAAAAACUGAGUGUGUUUUCGUGCUGAUGACUUGGAACGGUUUUCAUUUCUCUGGAAGCUUCUGCGCUCGGUCGGGCGGGCGGGGACGGCUGAUCCUGUUCUGAGUCUGUUUUUACACACAUGGGUUUAGGAUUUAACUCCAUGCUUGGUUACCUUCAGAUUUAUUACUUUUAUAAGCCUAGAGAUGAUAACGUUAGGAACUAUGAUUGUCCAAGUGUCCCUAAACAUGCAGCUCUGUACAAUUAAAUGAUCUGUGUAUAACAAACAAUGUUUAGUUUGUUUUACUGCUCAUAAAACAAGAAUAUGCAACAAGGAACCACCUCAAUGUCCUGCAGUCGCUUAUCGUCUGACAUUUUGACCUGCUAAUAAAUGUGCUAGCCUUUGACUGUA